GAUAAGAUAAAGCUUGAUUACGCUAAUUGUCGGUAGGGGACGCUUCACCAACAGUCAAACGAAAAAAGACAUAAUUGCCAUAACUAAGGUGAAAAAAAGGCGUUGCUACAUGACCAGUGGAGGGAUCGGAAGGUAUAAAGAAGUGUAUAGGAAACCUAUACAAAAUGACAAUCGGCCACGCCCCCUUUUUUGACAUUAUCUAAUUUGAGGUUAUGAAUCAGUGUCUACUGUAUAUAUUUUAACUUCUGAAUGUAAUAAAAAAAUCAAUCAAACUUCCAUACUUUGAAACUUUUAAAAGAAUCCAAAUAAUUGUAAGAAAAUGAAUAUGACCGGUCCAGUACAAAACGAUGCGACUCCGGACAUAACAUCUACAGAUGAAACGAGCUUAUUAGUCAUAAUUUUAGACACAAAUCCCGGGCAAAGGAUGCUGAGGGAAACCUCUCAUGUCCUCACUCACGUUGUAGAGUCGGUUAUAGCUUUUGCAAAUUCUCAUUUGAUGCAAAAGGCUCAAAAUAAGUUGGCCAUUAUGGCGUGCCAUUCUAGAACAAGGUAUAUAAGAGUCCUGAUAUGAAAGCAUAGGUUUGGCUCAUAUGCUCAAAAAUAAAUUUAUUUUCAGUCACUUCAUUUAUCCUGGACCAGGGAAACCUCAGGAUAUAAGACAAAUAGAUGGCCAGUAUGAAGCUUUCACAGUAGUGGAGAAAACAACAAAACAAAAUCUCACACAACUGCUAGCAUCGGAAACAUCUACAGUAAUAACUGAAUCUCUUUUAGCUGGUGCCAUUGCGAUGGCCUUAUGUUACAUAGUAAGGUUACAAAGGACCAAACCUCCAGGUGCAAAGCUAAAUUGCAGGAUAUUGGUGGUUACAGGCAGUGAUUGCUCAGCCUCACAGUAUAUGAAUUAUAUGAAUGUAUUUUUCACUGCCCAGAAGAAAAAUAUUGUGAUUGACGUUUGUGCAUUAGAUCAACAUUUGAGUUUGUUACAACAAGGCUGUGAUAUCACUGGAGGAAUAUAUCUCAAAGUGCCUCAACUACAAGGUCUUCUUCAGUAUCUAUUGUGGGUAUUUUUACCAGAACCACCCAUAAGGGAGAAACUAGUUUUGCCACCACCUGUUAAAGUAGAUUAUAGAGCAGCAUGCUUUUGUCACCGAGAAUUGAUAGAUAUUGGAUAUGUUUGUUCAGUAUGCUUAUCAAUAUUUUGCAAGUUCAGUCCAAUAUGCACAACUUGUCACACUGUCUUCAAAAUGCCAGCACCUUUAGCAGUAAAGCCCAAAAAGAAGAAAAUUAAAUUAUAAGAUAUGUUGUGCCAUUUACUACUAUAUUCAUAUAAUAAACAACAAUUGUAAAUUUCUAA